AUGAACUCCGCUAUCGCUGUUGCUAUCUUCAUGGUCGGUUGCUUACUCCAGUCGGUUAUUGGUUUCCUUAAUGGGACUCAACUCAGUGCCCAGCUUAAACUGUACGACGGAGUCUACUACGACAACCCGUUCGCUUUAAUCACGUUUGAGGUGGCUAACCGAUGUUACCAACUUGACUGCGGCAAUCUCGACAAUCGCGUGGCUUCUGCGAGAUGGUCCGGACUACCUACCCAGGGCUGGCUAAGAAAAAAUGUUCUGAUUUCGUUCUACGCUGAUGCGGACUGUAAAGGUGCGCAAGAGUCCGUAGUGCUUCCCCAUAACGGAGGAAUCCGAGAAUUUCAUCUCAAGAAGGUGAUCGGCAAGAUUUCGGCCUUUAUGGUGCGGCUAGACGGUUUACAUGCGACCUAUGGAUGCGAGAACGUGUGCAAUAGCUAUUUCGACAAGAACGCUACCCUCCGCCUUCGCACGAGUAACUAA